AUGAGAAAGAGGAACCAAGAAAGCAGAGCCAUGGAGACUAAAGGUGAAGGAGGAAGAAGAGAAGGGGAGAUAGGUCCACCGGAGCUCUUGAGGCCCUCCGGCAAUGGCGACGAUGACAAGUCAAAGGAGGCAAAGAUGAGGACUAGGGCUAAAAGUCAGUGUUUUUUUCCAGAAAAAUUACUGUUUGGAUUUUUCUUACUGGGAUCAGAAACCCCAACCUCAGCCCCUUUCCGACCCUCUCGCCUCAAAAUCUUACAAGUAAGCCUGUCCGUGGCCCCACAUCCCCAUGUGCUCUCACGCUGUCUCCACCCUCUCCUGCCCCUCUCAAUCAUUAGUCUCCCUUCGCCUCCUCCUCCUCCCCCUCCUCCCCCGCCCCCCCCACCCCCCCAAACUCCCCUCCCCUCUCUCUGGACUCAUAAAAACCAAAAAAAACCCCACCCUCCUCUGUCUGUAACGAUGACUGACGGCGUCAACUCCAACGGCAAACUCCAAACAACAGCUGGCCACCGUCCCAUCUACGGCGCGCGCGACGGUCCGCGUCAAGAAACCCUCUCGAAGGACCGCCACUCGAAGGUCGACGGCCGCGGCCGCCAUCCGCAUGCCGCGAUCAUCUGCGCCGCGCGUGUCUUCAGCCCUGACACGCGAGCUGGGCACAAGUCCGACGGCCAGACCAUCGAGUGGCUCCUCGCGCAGGCCGAGCCCAUCAUCGCCGCCACCGGCAGGCGCAAGCGACCCGCCAGCUUCACCUCCACGCCCAACUCCACCUCCGGCUCCCGGGCCCACCUCUCCGCCGGGCCCACGUCAACCUCAUCCCCCUUCAUCGCUCGGAAGCGGCUCCGGGACGACGCCGAUGACAGCAAGGACGAGUCCUCUGUGGGCCCCACCCCCGUGGGGAUCGGCGCGGCCGGGUUCUGGCGUGCCGGCCAGGCCCGACUUCGGCCAGCUGUGGAGCUUCUCGGUCAGGAGAUUGUGAUGCCGCGCCGCAGCAGCGCGGGCGGCGGGGUUCACCGGCGAGGGCGUUCCGGCCGGCCAGGGUUGGGAACAUACUUGGCCGAUGAGCCAGGGGCAUUUGAAUCUGCUCGCUUCUCUGUCGGGGGCCGCGGCGGGGAACGCCGCGAGGAGGGAAGAGGAGAAUCGCUGAUUGGGGUUUUAGGAUUAGGGUUAGGGUUUCUCUCUCGGGUUAGGGUUUUGGGUGACGGUUUUAGAGAUUUUUAG